GUGGAGUCCACCUACCUUGUCUCCAUCUUUGCCUCCCUCUCUCAACUUCUUAAUUCUUUAUGCCUUGAUUUUCUUCUUCUGUAUCUCUUUUUCACCAUCGAUGUAGCUGUACAGCAGCAUGCCUUUAUGUUUCUCAACAGCACUAUGGAAGUGAAAGAGCGACGUCCAUACUGCUCACUCACUAAGAGCCGCAAGGACAAGGAGGGACCGUACACUGGUUCAUCAGCAGACAGCGAGGAUUGUGGUAUUGGCUCCCAGGGACUCAGGGUCCCGACUCAGAAGUCUUACUCCUCCAGUGAAACACUCAAGGCCUUUGACCAGCACCAAGACCAGACCAGGUUGCUGUAUGGGACAUCUAAGGGACACAAAGAAAUGGUUCACCGAGAACAGGAUGAUUAUAACCGGCAAGGCCAGCAUUUCAGUCUUCGUCAGCUGGGCAUUUGUGAACCACCAGCACGCCGUGGACUGGCGUUCUGCUCUGAGAUGGGCCUCCCCCACCGCGGGUUCUCAGUUGGUACAGCCCAGGACCACCUAGAUACAGACAGCCAAGCAGUCAUGUCACCGGACCACGCUAUGCGGCUGUGGGGCCGUGGAGGUCUGGGGAAGUCCUCAGGGAGGAGCUCCUGCUUGUCCAGCCGCUCUAACUCAGUGCUGACGCUCACUGACACUGAGCACGAGAACAAGUCAGACAGCGACAAUGGUUCUCCCAUGUCCUCCCCUUCCUGUCCAUCAUCUGUCAUUGAUCAAUCACAUCCACAACCACCCAGUCUGCAUGACAACCCAUUGUUAGGAGACACGGCUGAGCCAGACUCAGAGGAGGAAGAAGAGGAGGAAACAGAACAAGCAGAGGAAGAGGACUAUGCCUCCCGGUUAUACUUGCCCAUUGCACAUGAGCAACCACCCAAUCAUCAUGGCUCCAGUCUGCCUCCUGUGCCACCCCCUCACCGCCAGCAGCCCUCGAUAACUGCUCUCAACCAAUCCCUGGGCUCCUCACACCACGCUGGCCAGGCUCUGAAUUCAACGCGGCAGCUAAGCCCUCCUACUGGAAGCCCGGCUCCUGUGGCCGGCCAAUCACCAGCCGAACUGCAGACCACACCCCCCGAGAGCGUCCCGCUGCAAGACAGCUGGGUGCUGGGUAGCAAUGUGCCUCUGGAAACAAGGCACUUCCUUUUUAAGACAGGCACAGGCACCACCCCACUCUUCUCCACCGCGACCCCUGGCUACACUAUGGCAACAGGCUCCGUGUACUCCCCACCCACCAGGCCUUUGCCAAGGAAUACCCUGUCCCGCUCUGCCUUCAAGUUUAAGAAAUCCUCCAAGUACUGCUCAUGGAGGUGUACAGCCCUCAGUGCAGUAGGACUGUCUGUGCUGUUGUCUGUGCUGCUCUGUUACUGCAUAGCUAUGCACCUGUUUGGUCUAAACUGGCAGCUUCAGGAGAGUGAAGGAUAUGGUGCAUUCGAAAAUGGAGACGGGGGAAGAGAUACGACUCCCAAUACCAUUAUGGUGUCCACAGACAACGGUAAAAUGUUUCUUCUAGAGAACAACACCAUUGACACAGGAGAGGUGGAUGUGGGGAGACGAGCCAUACAAGAUGUCCCACCAGGUGUAUUUUGGAGGUCUCAGCUGUAUAUUGAUCAGCCGCAGUUCUUGAAAUUCAACAUCUCAGUCCAGAAAGAUGCUCUUGUUGGGGUUUAUGGACGAAAAGGCUUACCUCCCUCACACACACAGUAUGACUUUGUGGAGCUUCUGGAUGGCAGCCGACUUAUUUCCAAAGACAAACGAGCCCUCAGUGAUGUGGAUGUGGGGUACACACACUUGGAUAGCGCGCAUGAUGAGGAGGCUGGGGGAGGAACCCGACACGCACGCUCGGUGAAUGUGCACGAGGCCGGCUUCAUUCAGUUCUUGGAUACUGGCAUCUGGCAUCUGGCAUUUUACAAUGACGGACGCAACACAGAACAAGUCUCUUACAACACAAUUAUCAUAGAGUCCAUUAUGGAGUGUCCUCAGAACUGUCAUGGAAACGGCGAUUGUCUCUCAGGAAUAUGUCAUUGUUUUGCUGGAUUUCUUGGGCCUGACUGCUCCCGAGCUGCCUGUCCAGUGCUGUGCAGCGGUAAUGGGCAGUAUUCCCGUGGUCGCUGUCAGUGCCACAGCGGAUGGAAAGGAACGGAGUGUGAUGUUCCAGCCAACCAAUGCAUCGACAUCCACUGUGGAGGGCAUGGCAUCUGCAUUAUGGGUGCAUGCAUCUGCAAUACUGGUUAUAAGGGUGAUAAUUGUGAAGAAGUGGACUGCAUAGACCCCAGCUGUUCCUCCCAUGGUGUGUGCAUUCAUGGAGAGUGUCAUUGUCAACCAGGAUGGGGCGGAGCCAGCUGUGAGGUUGCCAAAGCUAUGUGUCCAGACCAGUGUUCAGGUCACGGCAUGUACAAUGCUGAAACCAGCACCUGUGCAUGCAACCAGAACUGGACCGGGCCGGACUGCUCUCUAGAAGUGUGUGCAGUCGACUGCGGCAGCCAUGGCAUUUGUUAUGGCGGUGUGUGCCGGUGUGAAGAGGGCUGGACAGGAAGCUUGUGUGACCAGAAGGCGUGCCACCCGCUGUGCAGCAAGAAUGGCGUUUGUAAGGAAGGGAAGUGUGAGUGUGACCAGGGCUGGACUGGGGAACACUGUAACAUUGCUCACAACCCGGAUAUUAGAGUAAAAGGAUAUAAAGAGGGUUGUCCAGGUCUCUGCAACAGCAAUGGACGAUGCACCCUGGAGUCCAGUGGCUGGCACUGCAUCUGCCAAUCUGGCUGGAGAGGGGCUGGAUGCCAUGUGGCCAUGGAAACAGUCUGUACUGAUGGCAAGGACAACGAAGGAGAUGGCCUAGCUGACUGCAUGGACCCGGACUGCUGUCUGCAACUGUCCUGUCAGAACCAGUUAUACUGCAGAGGAUCGCCUGACCCAGCGGAGGUGCUGAGCCAGUCUCCGUCCUCUUUGGCUCCUCAGCAGGCUGCAAGGUCUUUUUACCAGCGCAUCCACUUCUUAGUUGGUCCAGAGUCCACUCAUGUCAUCACUGGAGACAGUCCGUUCAAUAAAAGUCUGGUGUCUAUCAUUCGAGGCCAGGUUUUGACAGCUGAUGGAACACCACUGAUUGGGGUCAACGUGACAUUUGUCCACUAUCCCAAUCAUGGAUACACUGUGACACGCCAAGAUGGCAUGUUUGAUCUGCUGGCAAACGGCGGAGCUUCCCUCACACUCAGUUUUGAGCGUGCUCCCUUCCUCACUCAGUACCGAACAGUGUGGGUGCCAUGGAAUGUCUUUUAUGUCAUGGACACGUUGGUCAUGAAGAAGGAGGAAAACGACAUUCCCAGCUGUGACCUGAGUGGUUUCAUCAGACCCAGUCCUGUCAUUGUGGCGUCUCCUCUGUCUACAUUUUACAGAACGUCUCCUGAAGAUGGGCCCAUCAUACCUGAAACACAGGUUUUGCAAGAAGAAACCUCAAUACCAGGCAGCGAUCUGAACCUGAUCUACCUGAGCUCCAGAGCUGCUGGGUAUAAACCCGUUCUCAAAGUCACCAUGACUCAGUCAACCAUACCCUUCAACCUGAUGAAGGUUCAUCUGAUGGUGGCAGUCGUGGGACGCCUCUUCCAGAAAUGGUUUCCUGCCCAACCCAAUCUGUCCUACACCUUCAUCUGGGAUAAAACCGAUGCUUAUGGCCAGCGUGUCUAUGGGCUAUCAGAAGCAGUUGUGUCCGUUGGCUUUGAGUAUGAGUCCUGUCUGGACCUCAUUUUGUGGGAAAAGAGAACAGCAAUCUUACAAGGCUACGAGCUGGAUGCCUCAAACAUGGGAGGAUGGACCCUCGAUAAACACCACAUCCUGGACGUACAGAAUGGUAUCCUAUAUAAAGGCAAUGGUGAGAACAUUUUUAUCUCCCAGCAGCCCCCCAUCAUCAGCAGCAUUAUGGGAAACGGACGCCGCCGCAGCAUCUCCUGCCCCAGCUGUAAUGGGCAGGCUGAGGGCAACAAGCUCCUGGCACCGCUCGCUCUGGCUUGUGGAGCAGAUGGCAGCAUCUUUGUCGGAGACUUCAACUAUAUCAGGAGGAUCUUUCCCUCUGGGAAUGUCACCAGCGUCAUGGAGCUGAGAAACAAAGAUUUCAGACAUAGCAACAACCCUGCUCAUCGUUACUAUCUAGCUAAUGACCCGGUAACAGGCCAGCUCUACGUGUCAGACACUAACUCACGCAGAAUCUACCGUCCCAAGAUGCUGAGCGGUGCCCGGGACCUCAUCAGUAAUGGAGAGGUCGUGGCCGGUACAGGUGAACAGUGCCCUCCAUUUGAUGAAGCACGUUGUGGAGAUGGAAGAAAAGCUACUGAGGCUCAACUGCUGGGACCCAAAGGAAUUGCUGUUGAUAAGAACGGCUUGAUCUUCUUUGUGGAUGGGACAAUGAUCAGAAAAGUGGAUCGCAAUGGGAUCAUCUCUACAGUGUUGGGCAGCAAUGACUUGACCUCUGCACGACCUCUCACCUGCGAUACAAGCAUGCACAUUAGACAGGUUCGCUUGGAGUGGCCCACAGAUCUUGCAAUCAAUCCUAUGGAUAACUCCAUCUAUGUCUUGGACAACAACGUUGUGCUGCAAGUCACUGAAAACAGACAGGUCCGUAUAGUAGCAGGUCGGCCCAUGCACUGCCAGGUGCCUGGUAUCGAAUACACAAUGGGAAAGAGAGCAGUCCAGACUAUGCUAGAGGGCGCUACAGCCAUCGCUCUGUCCUACAGCGGUGUCCUCUACAUUGCCGAGACAGAUGAGAAGAAAAUACACCGUAUUAGACAGGUGUCGACUGAUGGAGAAAUUACCCAUCUAGCAGGAGCGCCUUCUGACUGUGACUGUAAGAAUGAUGCCAACUGUGACUGCUACCAAGCAGGAGAUGGCUAUGCUAAAGACGCCAGGCUUAAUUGUCCUUCUUCUUUGGUGGUGUCCCCUGAUGGGACACUGUACGUAGCCGAUCUGGGAAACAUCAGGAUUCGAGCCAUACGACGCAACCAGCCACCAACUGGUUCUCUGGCUUCAGGUCCAAGCUCCUAUGAAGUGGCUUCUCCAGCCAGUCAGGAACUCUACGUGUUUGACACCAAUGGGACUCACCAGUUCACCAUGUCACUGGUCACUGGAGACUAUAAGUACAAUUUCAGCUACAGCAACGAUGAGGAUGUGACAGCAGUGACAGACAGCAGUGGAAACACCCUCCGUAUCCGCAGAGAUACCAACAGAUUGCCUGUACGUGUGGUUGCUCCAGACAAUCAGGUCAUCUGGCUGACCAUCGGGACUAACGGGGGUCUGAAGACACUCACGGCUCAGGGACAGGAGCUGGUGUUGUUUAGUUACCAUGGCAACAGUGGCCUGCUUGCCACCAAGAGCAUCCAAAUUGGUUGGACCACCUUCUAUGAUUAUGACAGUGAAGGCCGUCUGACUAAUGUAACCUUCCCCACGGGCGUGGUAACCAAUCUCCACGGCGACAUGUCGUCGGGGGCUGUUGCUGUGGACAUUGAGAUGUCAGGGAGGGAUGAGGAUGUUUCCAUAACAACUAACCUGUCAUCAAUUGAUUCCUUCUACACGCUUGUGCAGGACCAGCUUCGUAACAGUUACCAGGUGGGUAAUGACCAUUCACUGAGGGUCAUCUACGCCAAUGGGAUGGACACACACUUUCAGACAGAGCCCCACAUACUAGCAGGUGCUGCCAAUCCAACUGUAGCCCGACGCAACAUGACGCUGCCAGGAGAAAAUGGUCAAAACCUGGUGGAGUGGAGGUUCAGGAAGGAACAGACACGAGGAAAAGUCAUUGUUUUUGGAAGAAAGCUCCGGGUGAACGGCAGGAACCUGCUCUCUGUCGAUUAUGACCGGACACUGCGAACGGAGAAGAUUUAUGAUGAUCACAGGAAGUUUCUGCUGAAGAUCAUCUACGACACCCAAGGUCAUCCCACGCUGUGGGUUCCCAGCAGCAAGCUUCUGUCGGUUAAUUUGACAUACUCCAGUACUGGUCAGGUAACAGGUCUACAGAGAGGCCCGACCACAGAGCGGUGGGAGUACGACAAUCAGGGAAGAAUCAUAUCCAGAGUGUUCGCUGAUGGAAAGACAUGGAGCUACACUUACCUGGAUAAGUCAAUGGUUCUUCUGCUGCACAGCCAACAUCAGUACAUCUUUGACUACGACUCAGGGGACCGUCUGUCAGCUGUCACCAUGCCCAGCGUGGCUCGGCACACCAUGCAGACUAUCAGAUCCAUAGGAUACUACAGAAACAUCUACACCCCCCCAGAGAGCAAUGCCUCUGUGACUGUGGACUACUCUGAAGAUGGACAGCUCCUCAGAGUUGCACAUCUUGGCACCGGUCGCCGUAUACUGUACAAAUACCGCAGACAGAACAAACUGGCAGAGAUCCUGUACGACUCAACGCGCGUCAGCUUCACUUACGAUGAGACCGCCGGCGUCCUGAAAACGGUCAACCUGCAGAGUGAAGGCUUCAUCUGCUCCAUUCGUUACCGUCAGAUCGGCCCACUGGUGGACCGGCAGAUAUUCCGCUUCAGUGAGGACGGGAUGGUCAACGCCCGAUUUGAUUACACCUACGACAACAGCUUCAGGGUGACCAGCAUGCAGGCCGUAAUCAACGAGACACCACUUCCAAUAGAUCUCUAUCAGUUUGACGACAUAUCAGGAAAAAUGGAGCAGUUUGGGAAGUUUGGAGUUAUCUACUACGAUAUCAAUCAGAUCAUCUCCACGGCAGUGAUGACCUACACUAAACACUUUGACCAACAUGGCCGCAUUAAGGAAAUCCAGUAUGAGAUCUUCAGGUCUCUGAUGUACUGGAUCACCAUUCAGUACGACAACAACGGCCGCGUCACCAAGCGUGAGAUUAAGAUCGGUCCCUUCGCCAACACAACCAAGUACGGUUACGAUUAUGAUGUUGAUGGACAGCUACAAUCAGUCUCUCUGAAUGAGAAACUGAUGUGGAGGUAUAACUAUGACCUGAAUGGAAACCUGCACUUGCUGACUCCUUGGAACAGCGGGCGGUUAACCCCUCUACGUUACGACCUGAGGGACAGAAUCACUCGUCUGGGAGAUGUUCAGUACCGGCUGGAUGAAGACGGCUUCCUGAGACAGCGAGGAGCUGAGAUAUUUGAAUACAACUCUAAAGGUCUUCUAGUUCGUGUCUACAGCAAGGCAGCUAGCUGGACCAUCCAGUACCGUUACGAUGGUCUGGGUCGCCGAGUGGCAUCUAGGAACAGCCUCGGACAACAUCUGCAGUUCUUCUACGCCGACCUAAACUACCCGACCAGGAUCACCCAUGUCUACAACCACUCCAGCUCCGAGAUCACAUCGUUCUACUACGACUUGCAGGGCCAUGUGUUUGCGAUGGAAAUUAGCAGCGGAGAGGAGUUUUAUAUUGCAUGUGAUAACACCGGGACCCCAUUGGCCGUCUUCAGCAACAACGGACUCUUACUUAAACAGGUGCACUACACGGCAUAUGGUGAGGUUUAUUUUGAUUCCAACCCAGACUUUGUGCUGGUAAUUGGUUUCCAUGGAGGCCUGUAUGAUCCGCUGACACGACUGCUGCAUUUCGGUGACAGAGACUACGACAUUCCUGCUGGGAGGUGGACCACUCCUGAUAUUAGCAUGUGGACCCGCGUAGGUAAACACCCCCAGCCCUUCAAUCUCUACAUGUUCAGAGGCAACAACCCCAUCAGCAAGAUUCACCAGGUCAAAGAAUAUGUCACAGAUAUCAACAUCUGGUUGGUUACGUUUGGAUUCCACCUCCACAACGCUAUUCCAGGAUUCCCCAUUCCAAAGUUUGACCUGACGCAGCCGUCACUGGAGAUGAAAAAGAGCCAAUUGUGGGACGACCUGCCUUCUAUCUCAGGUGUGCAGCAGGAGGUGACUCGCCAGUCUCAAGCCUUCAUGUCGUUUGAGCGCAUGCCGGAAAUUCAGCUCAGCCGGCGCCAUUCAGAUCAUGCCAAGCCUUGGUUGUGGUUCGCCACUGUCAAAUCGCUCAUUGGGAAGGGUGUGAUGCUCGCAGUGAUCCAAGGCCGCGUGGUGACCAAUGCUCUCAACAUCGCCAACGAGGACUGCAUCAAAGUCGCAGCAGUCUUAAACAACGCCUUUUACCUAGAAGACCUACAUUUCACUGUUGAGGGAAGAGACACACACUACUUCAUCAAGACCAGCCUGCCGGAGAAUGACCUCAGUGCACUUCGGCUCACCUCAGGCCGUAAAUCACUGGAAAAUGGCGUUAAUAUCACAGUGUCCCAGUCUACAACGGUGAUGAAUGGGCGAACACGGCGCUUUGCAGAUGUGGAACUACAAUAUGGCGCUCUGGCUCUCCAUGUGCGCUAUGGGACAACACUGGACGAAGAAAAGGCACGCAUCCUGGAGCAGGCAAGACAGAGGGCGCUGUCAAGCGCCUGGGCCCGGGAACAGCAGCGAGUACGAGAUGGGGAGGAAGGAGUUCGGCUGUGGACGGAGGGAGAGAAAAGGCAGCUGUUGAGUAGCGGGAAGGUUUUGGGUUAUGACGGCUAUUACGUCUUGUCCAUAGAGCAGUACCCUGAGCUAGCCGACAGCGCUAACAACAUUCAGUUCCUACGGCAGAGCGAGAUAGGGAAGAGGUAACACGGCAUUGUCACUUUUCUACCACCAGUGACUGUCAGAGACUUUGAAAAGACUAACAGAUUCUCUUCUAACAAAACACAAAAUGGAUGUCAGGCUGAACUGUCUCGAGGCUAAAAACCGCCACUGAAAAGCCCCAAUGUCUGCCUUUUUAUCCCGAAGUCAGAUUAACAGACUGAUGUGCGACAGACACUAAACAGUCCACGGCUGUAACGAUCGACAUGAGCUGACAGAAAAUGUUCAGGUUUUGACUAAUGCCUUUUUGUUAUUUCUUUACUUCUGUCCUUCUCCUGCUUUUUUUGAACUACCUGCACGCUUGACCCUCCCUCUCUCUGGUAGGCGGGGCUUACCUGAGUGCUAUAUGAUGUGAGCUGUAAGUGUGGCAACAGGGGGAAGUAUGUUAAAAAUACUAACUGAGCAGUUCAACAGCCAUCACAAGCAUUUAGGCAGUUCUAAAUUGUCCGAGCAGUCAACAAAAGAAAAACCUUCUCCGGAUCCUCAACAGGUCUGAACGUGACCCGUCCCUGGACAUGUCUGCUGGAUCUUCUAUUUUCUGUGGCUAAAGACACUGAAUGGAACUGUCACGGACUCUAAGAGAGACGGGCACAAAAAAAAAAAAACAGACUAUUUGUACAACGGAAAAUUUAAGAUUGAUUUUCUGUUGGGUUUUUGUUUUGUUGUUUUAUAUAUGAACUUGCAUUUGCUUCAGACAAAAAGGGGAUAUAAAAAUGAAGAAAAGUGUUUACAUACUACUACAUAUACCACUAUAACUACUACUACUACAACACCACCACCUCCACCAACGGACCAUGACCUUAACUACACAAAACCCAAAACAUCUGAGUUGUGUUUGGUUUUUAUUGCUUUCUGGCACUGCAAUCUGAUCAAAUCCUGCAGACAUUAAUGGUAGAAAUGGUCCAACUGUAAAGCAGCAGGGAGACUGUGCAGACUGUGUAUGUACUCUUUAUGGACCCAGUGGGCUCUCUGAUUCUGUAGAACACUGGUGCCGUGUAAGCCCCGGAGUCGCUUCACUUCUGCAAAAUGGACAUAAUGCAUAGAACGUGUGCUUUUACUGGUCAAAGGUAGUAGUUUUGCUUGCAAUAGAAACACGCUGUCAUGGCUUUUGGGCGGGGGGUGGGGGGGUGCAGCAGGGUCGUUGUGAGUAGUAACUAAUUGUUGCUUCUCUAUUUUGUUUUCUUCUUUAAAAAGGGACAAUGCAUCACCUUCAGUGACUUUAAUAAGUAACAGUAAUAGAUCAAACAUUGAUGUGGAUGUUUUCUCCUUGAUUGUGGGAUUCUGUACUCUGUCAGAGGAGUUUUUUGUGUGUAUGUGUGUUUACAAGGGAAGCAAACUUUUAAUCAUUUAAAACGAAAAAAAGAGAAAUGUACAAAAAGCGUAACAUAUGCUACCAAUCAGUUUUUUGUUCCAGAGACAAUUAAGAAAAGCUGACUGAUUUUACUUGUUUCUUUUAUUUUGAAGGUUGAAAAAUUCCACUUAUCAGUACAUCAAUAUUAUUCUCAGAGAAAGUAAUUUAUGUACAGUGUUUCUACGCUAAAGAAUAAAAUCCCUGAAACUAUUCUC